GUGGCAGUGGUGAAGCCGGGGGAUGCAGGAGAGGCACAGGCCCCCUGUGAGCCGCAGGCACCGGGGGCAGAGGUGGGCUCGGAGGAGCAGCAGCAGAAGUUGAUGACGCUGCACGUGGCAGAGCCAAGGGAGACGUUGGUGCAGGAGGCGUAUGAGGAGGCGACCCUGGGUGGCUCAGAGCUGCAGCAGAUCACUAUCCCCUUUGGUGGGACGACAGAGUACAGCAUCAUCACACCCAUCAGCGAGGAGAUUCAGGCUCCAGGCACGCUGUACAGCAGCGAGGAGGAGAGCCCUGCGGAGACCUCCCACGCGGUUGUGGUGAGCGAAGCUGUCAUGACAGAGGAGGCUCUGAAGGACCAUAACAGUCACUAUAUCAUGUCAUCCGAUGUCCCGGGGAGCCAGUUCCAUCACAUUGAGCCCCUCAGCGGGGACACUGCCUUUCCCUCGCCUGCGGAGGGCCAGGAGGCACAGCCCGCCGGCGUCAAGUGGCCCCUGGUGCAGUGUGUCACCCGGCAGCUCCAGAAGGACUCGUCUUUAUCCCCAGCCUCCGAGGGGCAGGAAGUCUCAUCCCCAAAGGUCAAAUGGCCUGUGCUCCAAGGCAUGGCCAAGAAGCUCUCGUGCAAGGUUUCCACAGCCAAGAAGCUCUCGUGCAAGAUUUCCACAGCCAAAAAGUUUUCAUGCAAGAUUUGCACAGCCAUGUUCACAGGGAGAGCAGAAAUGGAGAGUCACAAGAGAGCCCACAUUGGGCCCAGCACCUUCAAGUGCCCCGACUGUCCCUUCACUGCAGCCCUCUGGCCGGAGGUUCGGAGCCACAUGGUCCAGCACGCCAGCCUUCGGCCGCACAAGUGCACCCACUGCAGCUUCGCCUCCAAGAACAAGAAGGACCUGCGCAGGCACAUGCUGACGCACACCAACGAGAAGCCCUUUGCCUGCCAGAUCUGUGGGCAGAGGUUCAACCGUAACGGGCACCUCAAGUUCCACAUGCAGCGUUUGCACAGCUCGGAGACGAAGAGGCCGGGGGCGCCUGCAGCUGCUGCCCAGCAAACCAUCAUCCUGAACAGUGAUGAGGACACGCUGGCCACUCUGCAGAAGCUAAGAGACUGUCCUGUGCUCCUCGCGGUGCUGGCUCCCGAGCGGCUGCAGCAGGCCCUGGGGCAGGAGCACAUCAUCGUCGCGCAGGAGCAGAGCGUCACGAGCCAGGAGGAGGCUGCCUACAUCCAGGAGAUCACAACUGCGGAUGGACAGACCGUACAGCACUUAGUGACCUCUGACAACCAGGUUCAGUAUAUCAUUGCCCAGGAUGGCGUACAGCACUUGCUUCCCCAUGAGUACGUUGUUGUUCCAGAGGGACAUCACAUCCAGGUACAGGAUGGUCAGAUCACCCACAUCCAGAAUGAGCAGGGCAGGCCGGGCAGCCAGUUCCUCCAGGAGCCACAGAUCCAGUACUUGCCUGUCUCGCCUGAGCAGCAGCUUGUCACCCAGGCGCAGCUGGAAGCAGCCGCCCACUCGGCAGUCUCAGCCGUGGCCGAUGCUGCUCAGGACCAG